GGCCCGCGAAAAAAAUGGUCCAUCUGCCGCCAAGGAUGCCUGUCAGAGUGCGACACGUCAUCUGUGCUGUUCUUCUCACUGGAUCUACGUGGAGGCUAGGUAUACAUCGGUAUAUUCGCUAGCGCACGAUGAUUCACGACCCGUCGCUCGCCUCUUCUUAAAUAGAGGUGGCUCCAAAAAGAGGGGGAGAGAGUUUAUUUCCAUCGUCUAUUUCCACCGCAUCCCUUCCUGCAACGUGCCAUGUCUGCAACAUCCGACCCACAGCCUGCAGAGGGGACAGGCACAGCUCGGCCCAAGCGGAUCCUCCAUGUGGUCAGCAAUGUCGCCCACUACGCCGAUCCAUCGCACCCGACUGGGCUUUGGAUUUCGGAGCUGACGCAUGCCUACGAUGUCUUUGCGGCCAAGGGCUACGAGCAGAAGCUAGUCAGCCCCAAGGGCGGCACGACGCCUCUCGAGCCACGCUCACUCAAGUGGCCGCUUGCCGACGGCUCGACCAAAGCGUGGCUCGCGGACAAGGACCGUUCUGCGCUGCUGUCCUCCACGGCCCGGCCCGACGAGAUCAACGCUGCCGACUUUGACGCAAUCUACUUUACCGGCGGCCAUGCCGUCAUGUGGGACUUUCCGGACAACGAAGCGCUGCAGAAGCUCACGCGCGAAAUCUGGGAGCACGGAGGGGUCGUCUCUUCCGUCUGCCAUGGCUACUGCGGCCUCUUGAACACACGGCUAGCCGACGGAGAGCUGCUGGUCAAGGGGCGACGCGUGACUGGCUAUUCCUGGAGGGAAGAGGUGCUCGCAGGCGUGGCCAAACAGGUGCCGUACAACAGCGAAGAGGAGAUGAAGAAGCGCGGUGCCCUCUAUGAAAGGGCGUUCCUGCCGUUUACGGUGAAAGUCGUGGCAGACGGCCGUCUGGUCACGGGUCAGAACCCGCAGUCGGCAAAGGCAACUGCCGAGCGAGUUGCGUCACUUCUCAGUGCCGAGCAAGUCUCGUCGAAUCUCUGAGUGUCUUUGCUAUACGUACUGUACUGUACAGGCAGUGCGCAACCCCAUGCUUUGCUCUGUGCGCCAGUGUGUCGCCGUAGACUCCGAAGCGCUAGCCUGCAACACCCGUUCUCUCUACCAUAAUGUAGCUCCAACGAGAAGGAGUGCAAGGGCUGGAAGCAGAUGUGCAAUUUUGUCACAAUGACUGAGCCCUCGAUUGCACGGUCACCGAAGAAAAUGACGAUCUCGUCAUGCUCUCGGCACUUUGAUCGGGUCAGCCGACUUGCCGAUGAGUGAAAAGUG